GUGGAAUGACAGGAAGUGGAAUUCAAUUCCACACAAUUCUAGAACAGAGAGAAUGGGAGGAGUCUCACAUACAUUGAAUGUUGGGAAGGUGAUGUUUGAGAGCUUCAACACUCCCGCCAUGUACAUAGCCAUCUCCCCUGUGCUGGCCUUCUACGCCUCUGGUCGUAACACGGGUAUCAUCGUGGACUCUGGCGAUGGGGUCACCCACACCGUGCCCAUCUACGAGGGCUACGCCCUGCCCCACGCCAUCCUGCGUCUGGACUUGGCUGGCCGCGACCUGACCGACUACCUGAUGAAGAUGCUGACGGAGCGCGGCUACAGCUUCACCACCACGGCCGAGAGGGAAAUCGUGCGCGACAUCAAGGAGAAGCUGUGCUACGUGGCGCUGGACUUCGAGCAGGAGAUGGGCACCGCCGCGUCCUCCUCUUCCCUGGAGAAGAGCUACGAGCUGCCCGACGGACAGGUCAUCACCAUCGGCAACGAGAGGUUCCGCUGUCCCGAGGCGCUCUUCCAGCCCUCCAUCUUGGGUAUGAAGUCUGGUGGCAUCCAUGAGACCACGUUCAGCUCCAUUAUGAAGUGUGAUGUGGAUGUGCGUAAGCACGUGUACCCCAAUAUUGUGCUGUCCGGCGGCACCACCAUGUGUCCAGGCUUUGCUGACCGCAUGCAGAAAGAGAUCACAUCACUGGCACCCUCCACCAUGUGGAUCAAGAUCGUCGCAUACCCUGAGCGGAAGGACUCUGUGUGGAUCGGCGGCUCCAUCUUGGCCUCCCUCUCGGCCUUCCAGCAGAUGCUGGUCAGCAAGCAGGAGUACGACGAGUCCGGCCCCUCCAUCAUGGACCGCAAAUGCUUCUGACCCCAUGGCCUCUUACUCCCCCUGGUGGACAAGCAGGAGUACGACGAGUCCGGCCCCUCCAUCAUGGACCGCAAAUGCUUCUGACCCCAUGGCCUAACCACUCCCCCUGGUGGACAAGCAGGAGUACUACGAGUCCGGCCCCUCCAUUGUGGACCGCAGAUGCUUCUGACCCCAUGGCCUCUUACUCCCCCUAAUGGACAAGCAGGAGUACGACGAGUCCGGCCCCUCCAUCGUGCACAGUAAAUGCUUCUGACCCCAUGGCCUCUUACUCCCCCUAAUGGACAAGCAGGAGUACGACGAGUCCGGCCCCUCCAUCGUGCACAGUAAAUGCUUCUGACCCCAUGGCCUCUUACUCCCCCUGGUGGACAAGCAGGAGUACUACGAGUCCGGCCCCUCCAUCGUGUGUGUGUGUGUGUGUGUGUGUGUGUGUGUGUGUGUGUGUGUGUGUGUGUGUGUGUGGUAAGCAUAAAGGAUCCGUGCAGACCAGCAGAGGCACUGGAAUAUCUUCCUGCAACAUUGCUGUCCAUUUCUUUGCCAAAUUGAAUCGUUGAAAUUGUUUAUUUUCUGAAGUAAUGUAAAGAGUGUUUAAACUUUCAGUAUCUGUUUCCUGUAUGUCAAAGAUGAAAAUAAAACAGCAUUGACAAAAAGCA